UAACAGUUUUCACAGAAAAGCAGGCUUUGGGAUCUUCAGGGUGCAGGAUAUCUGCUCCAACAGACAUGUUCCCCAAACAGACAGGACCGUGUUUGUCCAGCUGCACCCACAAGGCCAAGCUCUUGCAUUCUGCUGGAGAACAGCAACGCAUACAAUGUGAAAUACAACUAAAAAAAUAAUAAAAAAUUGAAAGAAACAACAACAGAUAACUAACCUUUUUUCUUCUGGGAAAACCACCCCACAUCCAGAUCCCUAUCGUUUUUCUCCACUAUAUGGAGCCCAGCAUUGACCCUGAGCAUGCAGAGUGCUCCAGGACUAUAGAAGACAGAGCAUGGCCUGGAGAACAAGGCACUCAAAGCUGUGACUGCCCACGUCACAGAUCAUGGAAGGCAGUGCCCCCUAAUCAGGUGUUUUGGAGUCGUUUUUCAUUAUUAAUGUCUCUGGAGAGGAGGACUGUGCAUUCCUGCGGAGCAGGAAGAAGUAGGGAAAGACUGACAGAAUGUGGAAAGGCACAGAGUGCAGGAUGUGGGGCAGAAGCAAAAGAAAACUGUUCCCUCAGAUUACUGCAGAGACUUACAAAUUUGAACCCGCUUCAUUUGGUUUGUGCAUCCUACAAAGUGCAAAGUGCUUUUUCAGCAAUAUAACAGGGAGCAAAUUCUGGCUGCUAUGGUGUUUUUUCUUGCUGGAAAUCUCACCUCUUCCCAUCUUGGAUAGCCAGAACAUCUGCAACAAAGAGGGGCAAGUAACAGUAUGGUGACAGAGACCACAUUUGCAGGAAAUAAAUAAUCAGGGUGCCAAGCCAAGCCUGCAAGGCUCACUAGAAGAUCAAACGCGAAUGUAAGCAGCUCUUUUCUGGAGCAGGCAGGCAUCGUUUCAGUCACUGAAAUAUUCAUACCCCGAUAGGAGCUGUGGUAUCAAUGUCUGUCCCUGAUACAAACAAACCUGAGCUCAAAGCAUGACAAUCUGUGUUGUGCAGAGCAGAAUUGCAAUUAAAGACACUUUCCAAGCCUCCAUUUCUGCAAACACACAGUUGAUGGCUUUCCUAGUGACACUAUAAGCACAUCCCAAAUCCAAGUCCAUAAUCUCUUGCCCAUGAAGGCAAAAGACGUUAAAAAAGGGAUUUUAAUCAUGCCACUUCCAUUCUUCCCUCCCCAGUUUACCAGCCUGUGCUGCAGCCAGCAGUGCUUGGUGCACCUGACAGAUGUGAGCUGACAUGUGGGCACUGCAGGUCACACCAACAUGCUCUGCAGGGAAGCCUUCUCAUCUGGAGGAUUUUCUCCUUCACGACUGGGAAUAGAGGAAAGAAACCGUAAGACCCUCCGCUCCCCUUGAAUGGAAGUACUUCUGAAUGCCCUUCCCAAAUAAAGCAAGAGCACCAAUCUACUCUAGGAAAGGAAGAGGAGGCCCACCACUGCCACCCCUCUGCCAGCACUGCCCAUGGAGCCUGGAUACAGGUGACAUGGCAAGGCAGGUGCACAAUGCCACCUGGGCAUGCGUGCACCACAAAGCAGUGGUGAACCCUCUGAGGGGCCAGAGAACUUGCAAUGCUUCGGAUUAGAAAGAAAAUGAGAAAGCCCAGGCUGUGGAAUCUGUGUAGUGCUGAAAUGGUACCCCAGGGCUGGACAAAUCCCACACUGCAACACAUGAUUUCAUAGGAAAGCAAAACGCAGGUGUGCAGCAAGCUGGAUCAAAGCACACCUACCACUGCACAGGCACAACCUGUCCCUUUCAGAAGCCAAAGGCUUUGCUUCUAUUUCUCUGAGAAAGCCCUUGGAAAGCUCCUUCUCUUUGCCCUUAGAAUUAUGAAGAAACACUUAAAAUUUCCCCAAAUGCCCUGAACACAGUGAGGAUAUCUGAGGGUACCACUAAGGCGAGCCUGUCCAACCUACCACACAAAAUGAAAAGUCUUUCUAUCCCCAACAGAUCAUACAUUACAUUUGCUGUCAACUGCACAGGAGCCACAGCUGACGUUCAUGCCCAAUCACCAAUCACACCUGGAAAAGAUCUUCCAAACUCCAAGUGUUAAUGAACCACAGACACUUCCCCUCACGUUCCUCAUGUUUUUCCAAUACAGAGUGAUCCGUGGUACGAGGAGAGGCAUCAACCAGCUGAGACAAGGCUCAACAUCACCUGUGCUUGCCCAGCCCCAAUGACAGCAACCAAUAUCUUAAAUGAGAAUGGCAGUUGGUGGAGCAGUAAGAGGUGAACAGAAGUGCACAAAGAAGUAACAGAAGGCUUCACCCCUGAAAUUCCAUGGGAAAAAAAAAAAAGCUUCAAGCACCUUCUGCAGGAGCUACAGCAGAUAACGAAAGGGGAAGGUGACAAGGGGCUCCUGCUGCCUUAUGCAGCACAGCAAGGAACAGAAACCCAUGUUCAUACCAGCAAGGCACAGAAUAAAAGCAGCGUUAGCAUCCAAAGCCAUGGGGAGCGUACCCAGAGCAGGGCUGGUAGCCACGGCCAACAAUACAUCCCUCAUAACUAGCCCUGUGGACGCAGUGGAAACGAAGGAGCAGAAGGCAGACCUGAAGGACUGGCACCACAAAGCAGCUCUUUGGGAGCAAUGCUGCCAGGCUCCUUACAGUGAGCAGCAUGUAAGAGCUCACCUGUCCUGCAGCUGCGUGCGCAAGAACUACAAAGAAACACGAGGGGCACAAGAAAGAAGACCUCAUGACAGAUGUCUUUCUUCUAGACCACGUGACCGACUCAGGAUACACAAAAUAAUUGGGAUUCUGACUUCCCUAUGCUUUCGAAUACCGACUUCUGGCCGGACCCUUACAGAGGAGCUGCCCGGAGAACAGCCCGGGCGCGGAGGUCAAACCUCUUCACUACAGCCCGCAGCAAAGCGUCCACUGGCCGCAGAGGGGCGGCGAGCCACCCAGCCAAACCGGGACGUCGGCCCGGCCGGCGUGCGCUACGAGAAGCGCGGGGCGCGUGCCAGGGCACGACGCCGGGCCACAGCAACGAGAGCGCCGAAGCGUCGCGCCCCGAGCGGCACCGCCGCCACAGCUGCGUCUAACGAGCCCGGAAACUCAACCCUCCGUUCCCCGCCCGAAGGCCGCGGCCGACAGAGCGCUGCGGCACGAGAGGCCGCCCCGGGGCUGGGGACCGCGUACGGAACGCGCCGCUCGCCCGUCGCCGCCACGAGCCCGCAGGCCGCGCCGCUCCGCGCGUCGCCUCCGUCUCAGACCGCAGCGCCGCGUGAGCCACGGGCACGCCGGCCCCGUGCGGGAGCCCCGCGGGCGGCCGCCGCGCGGGACAAAGGCGCGGCCCCGGCUCCGCGCCGCGGGUACCGGGCCCGGCCGGGCGCGGGCUGUCAAUGA